AUGGCCGCCAUACUCUUUUUAUUCUGCGCAUCAGCUGUCAUGUUCCAAGUUUGCAACGCCCAAUGUUACGGUCGGGAUCCUCUGAUCGGAGGAUUGGCUGGGCCGUAUGGCUCUGCUUGGGGACCUUAUGAUGGCAUUGGCCCGUAUGACGGUCUGGGCUAUGGCUCGCAAUUAGGAGGAGGAUUCAUCGGCCUAAGCCCGGGAAAUUUAGCAGCAUCGUGCGGCGGCGGUCUCGCUGUUUCCAGCUCUUCUCCCAUCACCCCUACUGGGCUCACAUUAACUUCUGAGAAUACAAUCGAAGGCACCGUUGCUGUGAUGGGACAGCUGCCAUUCCUGGGUGCGGUGGCUACCGAUGGGGCGUUCGCUACUGCCGGCACUGGUGUUGUGAUUUACGGGUGCGGUGAUGGCGCCAUCGGCAUAGUUUCCGAAGCUCCUAUUGCCGCGCCACUGCCGCCCACCGUCGGACCCGGUUACGGUCCGGGACCAAUCGGAUAUGGACCCGCUAGAGGCGGAUAUAAAGGGUGCGGAUGCAACAGUGAUACCCUGCUGGAUCAGAACCAGCUUGCCGGGUCGGGACGUGGUAUACCGUUAACCGGUCGUUCUUACGAUGUUACUACUUAG